AUGGAUCAAAUAAAAUAUCUUUCUUGGCAAGGUUAAUACAGUUUGAACAAAAAAAAAGAUGGCAAAUGGAUUGUUACUUUGGAUAAAAACAUAUUAUAAAAUGUUGGUGGGUAUUAUAAAGAUGGUGAUAAGAAAGGUGUAUGGAAAGACCUUUUCCUUAAUUAUUAUAAGUAUAUUAUUAAUAUAUGUUUUUAUGAAUAGGUAAGCAAAAGUUUUCGAAACUGGAAAAUAUUGCAAUAACUUAAGAAUUGGUUAAUGGUAUUAUAUUUUUUAAGAUGCGAAGAUGUAAUUCUUUUUAAAAUAUAUAGUGGCGGAGGGUUUUAUAAUUAAGAUAGCUUAAAGUAAGGCUUAUGGGAUGAAAUAGAUGAAGGAUUUUAUAGUGGUAAAAUAGUAGCUUAUAAUGGUGAAUAUUAGUCAAAUGGUAUGAAGGUAGGCAGAUGGAAUACUAUGUAUGGUAAUAGAUUUGAGAAUAUAUAUAAAUAAAUGUAAAAAUUACUUAAGUAUAUGAAAAUAAAGUGGUGGUGGAUCGUAUGAUUAAGAAGGAAAUUAGAAAAAAAUUGGAAAGUGGAUUGAAUUGGAUGAAGGGUUUUAUUGUAAUAAGAAAAUCAUUUAUAUUGGUGAAUAUAAUAUGAAUGGUAAGAAGAUAGGUAUAUGGGAAAUUAUGUAUAAUAAAUGGGGAAAUAGAGAAUUUUAAGUGAUGUAAUAAUUAUUAAAGCAUAAGGAUUAAAGUGGUGGUGGAUCAUAUGAUUAAGAAGGAAAUUAGAAAAAAAUUGGAAAUUGGAUUGAAUUGGAUGAAGGGUUUUAUGGUAAUAAAAAAGUCACUUCCAAUGGCGUAUAUAAUAUGAAUGGUAUUAAGAUAGGUAGAUGGGAUACUAUGUACGAAGGAGUUUUAAUGUAAAUUAUAGAGAUAUAAGGAAUAUAGUGGAGGUGGAACAUAUGAUUAAUUA